AUGUUGUUGCGAAAAGUCGCCCGAGAGUUACGUCAUUCCUCGAGGAACGGAAACAACGGAUUAGUAUUCUGCGCGUGUUCUUCUUCUUUCUCUUCUUUCUCUUCUUUGUCUUCGGACGAUGACGGCAACAAAGAAGAAGAAGGAGGAAAAGGCGGAGAAGGAUCGGAAGACAAAGAAGAGAACGACACCUCCAAAGUGGAAAUGCGACACGCUUCGCGAAAGAACUUGGUUUCAAAAUCCUGGGAAUACCGAAAAGGCGAACCCUGGGGGUGGUUAUACGACGCAACCCCGAGGAAGGAAACCAUCCAUAAUUUCCUUUCGCAAAAGAACUCAAUCUUAAGCGACCGCGUGAAAACGAAGAUGUAUUUAGACCACAAAAAAGACCCGGUGAAAUAUUCUUCGGAAAAUUUAGCGAAGGAGUACAUGGUGAGAGAACAACGGAUUAUGGCGAUUUUAGCGCUGAAACGUCGCGAGGCGGAGUGGAUUAAAAACGGGAAGGAGUUGGAUUACGAUUUGGAGGCGCGGUUCGAGGCGGUGUUCGGGACGUCGGAGAGAGGCGCCGGGGAGCGGCACUACGUGGACGUGCCGACGUAUCCAAGUUUCGAGGUGUUGACGGGAGAAGAAGCGAACGAGAGGACGCCGGGGCUAAAAGUCGAUCCGGAGAAGUUAGCCAUGAGAGAGGAGAGGGAGUUGGUGAAAACGUUCAAGGAGAGGUUAGAUUUUAACACGGGCGUAACCGGGGCGAGUUUGAAGAGAGAGAGUCGACGAAAACACGCCGCGAAGAGACCGAAGGGUGGGUUUGCUUUGUUAGUGACGCCGUUAGGGAAAAACGCGAAAGAUCCGUACGUCGCACCGUUGGACGGGGAAGUGCGACCGUUAAACGACGACGAGGAGGUGUUUAAGAACCAAAGAACGAUCAAACCGAGACGACGCAUCGGUUAA